CAACACUUCAAGGAGAGACAUCAGAGAGAAGCUAAGAGACAAAAUCAUCACAUCAGACUAAAGGAUCAGUCCAUCGAUCAGAGUGAAGAUGAAGAGUUUAUUUCUGCUCAUUGUGAUCGGCCAGUGUUUCUCUGUCACCUGUCUCCUCUGUGAGUACUACCUUAUUGAGGAUGAAAUGACCUGGGAUGAAGCCCAGAGAUACUGCAGAGAGAAAUACACAGACCUGGCCACAGUGUCUGACAUGACAGACGCUCAGAGUCUCAGUGAGUUGGUGGAUGGAAAAGAAGCCUGGAUCGGUCUUUCCAGCAACCAGGGAAGAGACAACAGACAGUGGCACUGGUCUUUGCCAGGGCUGCCAGGGGUGAACUUCAGUGAUAUCAAGGAGCAUUUUAAUGAUGGUGAGCCAGGUGAUCAUGAAGGUCAUCAUGAGAAUUGUGUACGAAUGACGAACGGCAAAUUAAUUGAUCACCGGUGCAGCUCUCCCAGUGGAUUUAUUUGCCUCAAUGGAGAAGAUCAUCCUGAUGGAAGAUUCACACGGAUUGUUGAGAAGAAGAACUGGACCCAGGCUCAGGAUUACUGCAGGGAACAUCACAUCGAUCUGGCCAGUGGACUCGACAUUUUCAAGGAUGACACAUUUCUGAAACUUUCAGAGUCUCUUCAGUUGUGGUUGGGGCUCUUCAGAGACACCUGGACUUGGUCAGAUGGAAACAGCUCAAGUUUCAGAAACUGGGAUCAGGGCUUGUUCAAGGAUGGAAUCGACAGGAAGGAGUGUGCAACUGUUUUAGACGAAUCUGGACAAUGGGGCUCUGAUGGUUGUGAUGAGAAAAAACCCUUCUUCUGCUACAAUGACAAACUGAUCUUGAUCAACGAAAACAAGACCUGGGAGGAGGCCUUAUACUACUGCAGAGAUAACUACACUGACCUGGUCUCUAUCACUAACCCUCACCAGCAGAGAUGGGUCCAAGCCAGAGCCAAGGACGCCUCCACCUCCCACGUGUGGCUGGGACUGCGCUACACCUGUGUUCUGGAUCUGUGGAUCUGGAUUAAUGACCAUCUGGUCUGCUAUCACAACUGGAAAUCCAAUGAGUUGAGUAAUGAAUGCUAUCAUGCUGCAGCCAUGGAAAAAGAAAGUGGGAAGUGGGUCGAACAGGCUGAUGAUGACAAGUUUAAUUUUAUCUGUGUUUUGGAGAAAUCUCAAAACCCAACCUGACCACUUCAGAGUGUUGUGAAAACGUCGUUGCCUGCUUCCUGAUUUCUUUCUUACUUUUUUUUGACCCACUCUGCAAAAACAUCCAAAUCUACCUGGCCACAUGUAAAACAACAAUUGCCCCUAAACCUAAUAACUGGUUUUGCCAUCCUUGGUGGCAACAACUGCAUGCAAGUAUUUGUACUUUCUCUCAGUGAGUCCUUCACAUCACUGUGGAGGACUUUAGGCGCUCUUUUUUGCAGAAUUGCUUUAAUUCAGCCACAUUGGAGGGUUAUGAGGUCACGCCACUGCAUCUCAAUCUGAUUUACGUCCAGACUUUGACGAGGCCACAUUCUCCUCCAGGAUUCUUUGGUAGAGAGCAGAAUUCAUGGAUCCAUCCACUAGUGCAUCAAUUAGUCACCCAGUUCCUAAAAAAAUCAAAGCAAUCUGAGACCACCACACUACCACCACCAGGUUUGACCUCAAGUUUGAUGUUUCUGUUGUGUUUUAUGUUCUACUUGUGACAUUUUUGUGAUAAAUUCCGGUUUCUGGUUUCCUGUAUCCGUUGUGCUGGCUGCAAACUUCACUCUGCUCUUCCUGAGGCCUUCCCCCCUCCCCCCGGUUGCUGAGAAGAAGAUCCACACCUGCAGCGAGUUGUUAAUCACGCUCCCUACUUUAGACCUGCUGCAGCUCUCCUCAGUGCCUGAGUUUUGUCUACACUCUCCUGUGGUAAACGCCAGCUCCAGGCUCACACUCUUAUGAGAACAAUUGUGAAUUCUUCCAGUGCUUCACUUUGUGGAAUUGUUACUAACGUGUCUCCUCUUUCCCUUCCAGUGCCUCACUCACCGCCGCACAGCAGCCCAGCUUCAGCACUCUCCCUCGCUGCCGUCACUCUCCCUGGACCCGUGGAUUCCCCUUUACCUGAGCACCUUAACCUGCACAAUAAACCUGUUAAAACUGCUUCACUGUCUCUGUAUACUGGGUUCAAACCACCACCUUACAUAACAGUGUCUUAUUUUACAACAAUUGAAACAGGACGUGAACCAUCGAAAAGUUCAACUCUUGUCUCGUCAGUGAGUAGAAUAUUAUCCCAAAAAUCUUGGGGAUCAUAAAGAUGUUGGUGGCAAAUGUGAGACGAGCCUCUGUGUUGUUUGGAACUCUUCCAUUUUUGCCCC